GUUUUUAUCUGCGUUUUAACUUUAAUUGUCCUUAAUUUUCUCCCAGGAAGAUGUCGUGCAAAUCAGAAAACUUUAAAUUUUUGUUGUUACCUACUCUUUCAAUAAAAUAAGUAUAACAUCAACAAGCAGGGAAAAAUAAAGCAGCAGGCGGUUCCAGUCCAUACGGAGAGGUUACUGAUUGACAUGUGUCUGUGGGCGUGAAGGGGGGCGUGUCACCAUGGUAAUUGUCCGUCCCCCUUAAUAGACCUAAUCAAUACCUGCUCCAGCUGAUCUCAGGGCCAUUCAUUAGAGCUGCAAACAGGACAAUGACAGGGCACAGCUGGGGAUACGGGAAAGACGACGGUCCUUCAGCAUGGCAUACACACUACCCAGCUGCCAAAGGAAGCCGCCAGUCCCCCAUUGACAUCAUUCCUGAUGAGGCCAGACGUGACAGCAGCCUGCGUCCUAUUUUCCUGGGGUAUGACAGGUGCACAUCCCUUAACAUUGCCAACAAUGGACACUCUGUGGUUGUGGAGUUUGAUGACUCUGAUGAUCGCUCAGUGAUUCAAGGAGGCCCUCUUGAGCACCCUUAUAGACUGAAGCAGUUUCAUUUCCACUGGGGUGGAAAAGGUUGCGAAGGAUCCGAGCACACUGUAGCAGGAGUUGGAUAUGCAUCAGAGCUGCAUUUAGUUCACUGGAAUGGCUACAAGUACAAGACAUUUGAAGAAGCAUCAACUGCUCCAGAUGGUCUUGCUGUUCUUGGCAUCUUUUUGGAGCUAGGUGACGACCACAGAUGGCUCCCCAUGAUUACAGAUGCUCUGUACAUGGUUAAAUUUAAGGGAAGUGCCAUAGAUUUCAAAGGUUUUAACCCCAAGUGCCUCCUACCCAGCAGCCUCCACUACUGGACUUACCUGGGGUCAUUGACCACUCCUCCCUUGCAUGAGAGCGUCAUCUGGAUUGUCCUGAAGGAGCCAAUUGUUGUCUCAGAUAAGCAACUGGGGAUGUUCCGAAUGCUUCAGUUCAAUAGUGAAGAGGAAAAUCAGAGGACGCGCAUGGAGAACAACUUCAGGCCUCCCCAGCCUCUCAAAGAUAGGAUAGUACGCUCCUCUAAUUAAAGUCACCUCUGUACAUAUCCACCUGUAGGCAAACUUUCAUUGGAGUCCGCUUUAACUAAUGUUUAAGUAGCUUUAUUGAUUCAUUUUGCACAUGGUAAUGUAAUAAGCUUUUCUGCCAGAACAAAGCUAUUGUUUAUUUUAUGUUUUAUCUGUGGGUCUAAAAUCGCAGUAACAGAAAUUACUUGU